GGUGUGAACAUCUCCUGCCCUGAUAGCCGCUGGGGGAGGACUAUCCUUGGCCUGUGAGCUUUGGCACGGGCGAGGUGCCCACCGCAGCAGCACCCGCUGCUUAUUGAGAGUAAGAGCGAUAUGCGCUUUCACGCCAAAAAGUCGUCAUAAAGUCUCCAAUAACACCAGAAAAAGUCGCCAGAUUUGUCGCUAGUCGCUUUUUAGAAAAAAGGUCGCUAAAUAUAGCGACAAAGUCGCUAAGUUGGCAACACUGGUCUCAGUUCAGUCCAUAACUACGGGGCGGUUUCCGUCACCAAUGUGGCACCUAACCGCGCAUUUCCACUGGCCCAGGAUGGCACGCCUCUGGUCCGCUAUACGAGCCAAACCGUAAUCAACCACUAUCUCCGCCCUCAGCCGAGCCGUAUCUAGGCAACGCUCCACUUCACUGGCUCCAAUGAGGUGACGUCAUUUAGGCGACAGGAGGAAGGAGCGCCAUGUUGAAAAAAAAAGUGAAAACAUUCCAGCUUCUCUUAGUUGCUCUGGAUUUCUGAACUGCAAGGAAGGAGAGAUCAUGGAGCCGCUGGUGCACUGGUCUCAUGAAGAGACCCGAGCGCUUAUCGGUGUGUGGUCAGAGGAGAAAAUCCAGCGUGACCUGGAGGAAUCCUUCAGAAACGAGACCGUUUACAGGGAGAUGUCAGGCAGGUUGGCUGCUCUGGGAAUAAGCCGCUCUGCUAAACAGUGCAGAGCCAAGAUAAAGAAACUUAAACAGGAAUACAGAAACACGAGGAGACACGGUGAAAGGAGUGAGGCAGCCACAAAGACCUUCAGGUGGUAUGAUGCUAUGGACACUAUCAUGGGUGACAAGAGUGCCCGGACACAGAGCAGAGAGCAGCCGUCUUCUGUGGUACUGGAAGUCAUGGUUCCUGAUGUGGAAGCAAGUCCACCCGCUGUAACAGACACUCCAGAAAGCUGUACGACAUCCACCCAUUCACUGCAACUCACUCUGCCCAGACCAAAAGCUUGUCCUGCAGGGAUUCCACAAGUAUCUUCUUUCUAUUCUGUUCAGCUUCAUGAAUUUGAUGGUCCUUCUACAAGCAAUCCAGUCACCUCCACUGCUGUACAAACAUCAAUCAAAGACACCCCCUUGUGUUGUUGGUCGAGUAAAGAGGUCCAAGCAUUGCUGACGCUUUGGGCAAACCCCGAGGUUCAACGGGAGCUUCUCCUCAACGUGAGAAAUAAUAAAGUUUACACUUGUCUCAGUUCCAAACUGGCCUUGCUCGGUUUUAACAAAGCACCAAAGAAAUGCAGGGAGAAGAUCAAAAAGCUAAAGCAGGAGUACAAGAGGAUCAAGAACGGCCAAUACAGGGGUGGAAGCAGCAGUGUGUGGUUUGCCAUUAUGGAUGAAGUCCUCAGUUCCCAGGCUCUCACAGCCAAGCGUUCACAGACAGUGCAGAAUUCCUCUACAGUGCACUCCCUAGCUGUACAGGCCGUUGUCCUGGAUGUGGAUACAGAUGAUGAAACGCCGUGGUUGCCUGAUGAAGUCCAAGUGCUGGUGACACUUUGGGCACAACCAAACAUUCAGAAACAGCUUCUCACCGCAGCGAGCGAUCAGGUUUUCACGUACCUCAGCAGUGAGCUAUCACUGGUGGGGUUUAACAAGACACCACGUCAGUGCAGCGUCAAAGUGAAUGAGCUUAAAGAGGAGUACAAAAAAAUUAAGCACAUGGAGCCAUAUGGAGUUGUUAAAGGCGACUGGUUUGCUAUUUUGGAUAGUGUUUUUGACGCUGAUGGAGCAACUUUGAAAGAGGUGAAUUCAUGCGUUGUGCAGAAAAAGCCUAAAUCACCAGAACAUGAGCACGUGGAUGCAGAUAAAUUGCGGGCUGUUUGGACACCAGACGAAGUCAGAGUUCUGCUCAGUCGAUGGGCAGAGGAAAGCGUCCAGGAGCAGCUUCGAUCAAAUCCGAGAAACGAGAGAGCCUUUGCUCAGCUGAGCUCCGAGCUCGCCACUCAGGGUUUUGAUAAGACCACGAGUCAAUGCAGGUCGAAAAUAGCACUCCUGACACAAAAGUACAGAAGGAUCAAGGCACAGGAAGACCCGGAAAAGCAAAAAAGCAGAUGGUUUGCCAUCAUGGAUAAAGUCCUCAGUCGCAGCAAGACAGAGACUGAAACUAAACCAGUCAGAGAUUCACAGCGUGCAUCUCUGCAGACAUCACAUCAGAGCCUACCUGACACAGCGGAGGGUUGCCGUUUGUCCGUCUCCUCGUUGUGCCUCCUCGUUCCAACUCUGCGACUGAUGUGCGCCUUUGCCUGGCAGGUGGUUCAGUGUUGUAAUGUGGCGCAGUACAGAAAGGUGGAGGAGCUGGUGAAGUUAGUGACGGAGGUGGCUCCAGAGCUGCUGACAACCAGAGAGAGAGUGCAACUCCUACUCAGACUGAGAGCCAGGCUUGUGCUGGAGUUGUGUCUCAGCGAGAACACGACUGACCUGCUGAAUAUCCAGCCCCACCUGAAUGUCAUCCGAGACCUCACCUUAAGCUGUGAACAGGAGGAUGCCACCGAGCUGGAAAAUUCAAAGUCCAACUUUGUGGAGGUUGUUCAUGCCAUACUGGAGGACCCAGAGGAGAGACAGAGGUUUUAUAAGGAGGUCUUCUCCAUAUACUAUGGCAAACAGUAUGAUGUCACAUUGCAAACUUUGGUGUGGAAAUUCAUCUCCAGGCUGGAUAAUCUCUUACCAAUCCCUGAUAUUAGACAGACUGCACAGUGGCUCAGCUCCGCUCCCUCUCUCACAGAAGAAUGUGCACGGCUUAUUCUGGAACCUGAUCAGCUGAAGGCGCUACUGAACUUCCAUCAGCAACAGUCAGGAAACGCAAGCAAAUGCUGUUCUCAGGCUGACGAGAAUAUGUUUUUGCCAAAGCUGUUGUUUAAUCCCAAAGGAAACUUCCAGCAUGUUUCAGCACAACUGGAUGAGCUUUCAAGCAGCAAAGAUGAAAGACAGUUUGAUUACAGCGAGGCCGAAGAGCCAGCUGACUGCAAAGCACCUGUGAAGGACUGUGGGAAAGAAAUUAAAGGCCUAAAGUUAAAACAUGAACAAAGCGAUGGCAUGGCAUCUUCAUACUGCUCGGAUUUAAAUUGUGCACCUAUGCAGCUGCAGACCUGCUCUCUGUGUCCCUACUCUGACAGCCAUGUGUCAGGACUUCUCAGGCACAUCAGAGAAGAGCAUCUGAUCCAGGAAUCUAAUCCCAUCACAGAUCCUGGGAAAGACUGCGUCUUUCAGAGAGUCAAAGAUCAAACGUUCACUCCUAAGAUGAGGAGGAUAACGGACACUUGUGAGUAUUGCGGGAAGGUCUUUAAGGAUGUAUCAGCCCUAACCAGCCACAUUAAAACACACACUCUUCCAUUCCACUGUGACAAGUGUGACAAGAAGUACUCCUCCAAGUGGUCGCUGACUGUGCACCGUCGGAUUCACACAGGCGAGACUCCAUAUCUGUGUUCGUACUGCGGUCAAGGCUUUAGGUCUUCAAAUAUCCUUGCUCUGCACGUCCGUAUACACACAGGAGACCGCCGAUACAAAUGUCCCAUAUGCGGAAAAACAUCAAUCCAGCAUCUGUCGAGACACAUGCGCAUGCACCGAGGGGAAAAGAACUAUCUGUGUACCGAGUGCGGGAAGGCUUUUCUGUCCUCUGGGGAGCUGAGGCUUCACAUGAGGUUUCACACAGGCGAGCGGCCAUACACGUGCAAACACUGCAGGAAAGGCUUCAUCGCAAAGUGCCUGCUGACCGUUCACACCCGCCAGCACACGGGGGAGAGUCCAUAUAGGUGCUCGCUGUGUCCGAAGUCCUUCCGCACUUUGAGAGCGCAGAAAAGACACCUGGUGAUACACUCGAGCAAAAAGUCUUUCCAGUGUUUGAAGUGUGGUAAAAUAUUCCGGCAAGAGGAAACUUUCAAAACACAUGCUGAGACUCACAAAUGAUUUAAAGGGGACCUAUUAUGCUACCACUUAUUUUCUGUCCAAAUUUUCAAGUUGUGAGGUCAGCGUUCAAACAGACAAAGAAGCCAAAACCUCAGGCUUUAGACUGCUAUAAAUGCUUGGCUUGCACCAAUGGGGUUUUUUUCCUCUCUUGGAUCUUUAUGAUGUCAUUUAGAGCAAACCCACAAGGGGCAAACAGUCAGAGGAGCCAACAGAGAGCUAACAGUGACUAAACUAAGAGGCUGCACAGAGAUAUAUAACGUAUAUUUUCAACUACAAGUCAUUCAAAGCUGCUCUAACAGUAUCUGUGAUAAAAAAAAAAUAUGGAGCUUAAAAUGAGCAUAAUAGGUCUCCUUUAAAAGAAUGGCAGUGUAAAAUAUUUUAGUUUCAGCAGUUGAGUUUAAAAGUUCUCAUUCACUUAUUGUAACUCCACUAUUGCUUAAAGAACCAGCUUAAUUGCUGGAAACGAUGUAACUCUGUGUUUCUUUUGGCUACUUCUGUAAUACCGAGGGCACAUUUUGUGUCUCCUCCUGGUCUCAAACUGGGGAGCUGUUGGGUUUUAGGCAAAUGUUUUUGAAAACUAUGUAAAGCUAAUAUUCCAUAAACAGUCCAGUUAGCACACAGGUAACUUUAAAAGUUUGUGUGAGCUACAAACUGAAGUUAUUUGUUAAUGAAUAAAAGCUGUUGCUACUUUGAGUAAAAAUCAAAUAACAAAAGUUUAAAUGUCAAUUUUAUUUGGGUUCAUAAGUGUAUAGUUAUCAGAAGGUAAGUUCAGCCAAAUUAUAAGAACAAAAUCUCUAAAUAGUCAACUAUCUAAAUAUCUAAUAUCUAAAUCAAGAUUCUCCACAGAUGUUCUUGAUCUCUGGUUCAACGUCUGAUCCGCUGCUUCUCUUUGUCUCAUCAACACAAUGUUUUCAAAGGAAAACAAGACACAAAGAAAUUCACAAUGCACAACCAAAUGUCAUUCUGAAACAUUAAUCUGUAUAAUAAAAACAUUAAUAAAUUUUAGCAGUUUGAAAAAUGUGAAACAUAUGUGACUCUUAGGUCUCCAAAUGAUUUAUUUCAGAGGCCUGUUUUCCACUUGUGCUUAUUUCCUGCCAUGAAAAUUGCAUCACAACAAUUUUCCCUUUCUUUAGUGCUUUUAAGAGGAUCAGUGAGACACUGAGACACCAGGACUGGUGCUGUGUAGUUUAUGUUGUAGUCGGUAUGAGGAUUCGUUUUCAGAAAGCUCUUCUCAUACAGCCACUCAGUGAGUUGUGAUAUUAGUAAAAUAGUUCCAGUGUUGAUGAGCAUAAUGGCAGUGCGAAAAGAAAACAGGUGAUAUUGGUGGCCGUCCUCCUGGAUGUUGUCCCAUGGCAGAGGCAGGACGUAAGGUAGGCCUAUCAGAGGUUCCCCACCCAGAGUUCUUAGCAAUACACCCAACACAAAGCCACAACAGGCCCAGUACCGGGUCACCCAGCAGGGUAAGAAGAAUAUACAUAUCACCUGGGGGGGACUCAUUGAAUACAAAACAUCUGCAUUGACGAUCCAGAACAGAUGAACGGAACUUGUCAUAGCAUGGCCUGCUCCCAUCAGUCCACACAGGAUGACUGAAACCUUAACCACCACAACAAUCCAGUUUUUUGAUGCCUAAAAUUUAGAUUUAUGGAUGUUUAUGGGUGACAUUGGGAAUAGAUAUAGAAGCUGUAGCAGCAAUGCAUAUGAAGACUCUUGAUUUGACACAACAGAGCUGCAACAUUUUUCAAUUUGCCCAUUAUGAAAAAUUACCAAACCCCCAAACCAUACCACAAAUACUGGUCAUGUUAAAAACUGAUACCCACCUGUUUGUAAAUCACAUUCUUGAAGAUAUUACAGCCUCAAAUGUGGUGAAGCAUCCACACAAGACAGAUUCGUCUCAUCUUUAGCCAGUGGAAUAUACAGUCGCAGCCAUGAACUCCAAAAAGGAUUUUAUCAGGAGUUGAAAUAAAUGAUGUUUUCAUGAAAAAUAUUGGAAGGAACUGUUUUGCUUACAGAUUUAUAAGACUGUUUAUUUUUAUUUACCUGUGUGGUCUUUAGAAAAUGUUGAGCAGGGUGUGAAAUUUGGUGUGAAAUUGACACCUGACAGCACCUGGCACCUCCUACGCAUUCUGCUUAUUUCCAGAAACUGGGCUACACGACCAUUACAUAAAGACAGACACACAAAUACAUGUCAUACUUAACAUAACCAUGGUAAGUGUAGUUGGUAUGAUCAAUGUUGUUUAUGCAAGAACUCAAACCAAAAAGCAACCAUAUAUUUAAUAUUUCUUGAUAUAAUUUCAAGUAGAUGGGCGUUAAAUGCAGUAUAAAUAAUUAAUAGGUACACCUUUACUGCUUCCACAGGAAUUAAGAGGGUAAGUAGCAGCCAGGUGCUGUUAAUUGAUUAACUGAUCACCAGGAGGUUUGAAACCAGAAGUGUUGGUCUCCCAGACUGCUAAACAUCAAGUUUACCUUUGACCUCCAGCUAUCACUGGCUGAUGGAAAUAACACUUUGACCCACUGGAUGAUAUUCAGUCAAUAAACCAACAGCCUAUCUGCGCUGCCUUUGAUAAAGGAUUGCAGGAUACCACAUGAAAGUGUCUUGCAAUGGAGAGAAGUGCACUGCCCACUUUUAUCAGCUAAUGCUGAACAAAAGAGUGACUGAGAAGAGCUCAGCAUGGUAAGAGGGUGGGAAAUUUGAAAAUCCUUUUUAGUAGCAUCACUUUAUCUUUGGAAUAUUGCCAGAGAUAUUUAAAGUCAAUAAAAAUAAGUUUGUUUUGCCUCCGUCUCUAAUAGAGACAUUUUGUCCUGCUUUGAGAGGGAGAGGAUCGUCUGGGCCGACAUUCUGCGACUCUUGAAUUAUGCCUGCAUUUGCUCCUCAGU